UUUUUAUUUUUAAUAAACAAACUAUAUAUCAAAAAUGAGAAUUUAUCACUGCCAUUUUUGUUCUUCUCCAGUAUACCCUGGUCAUGGUAUAAUGUUUGUGCGUAACGAUGCUAAAGAAUUUCGCUUUUGUCGUUCUAAAUGUCAUAAAGCUUUUAAACAUCGUCGUAAUCCACGUAAAUUAAAAUGGACAAAAGCAUUCAGAAAAUCUGCCGGCAAAGAAUUAACCGUCGAUUCAACCUUGACUUUUGCUUCAAAGAGAAAUAUUCCUGUACGUUAUGACAGAAACUUGGUCAAUACAACUUUGAAUGCAAUGGAAAGAAUAGAAGCAAUUAGAGCUAAGAGAGAAAAGGCAUUCUAUAAAAAUAGAAUGAAGGGCAACAAAGAAAGACAAUUAGCUUUGGAUAAAAAAUUGGUCCAAGAUAACCCCGAAUUACUUAGAAUGAGAGAAGUCGAAAUUGCAAAGAAAUUAACUAAAAAACAAGCUAAAUUGGAAAAAAUUAAUGAUGAUGAUGAUGAUGAUCAAGCUCAAGCUCAAGCUCAAGCUCAAAGUGAUGAUCAAUUUGAAAUAAGUGAUAUUGAAUCUGACGAUGAAGACAUGGAAAGCAUGGAAAGUGAAUCCGAUGAUCAAGAACAACAAAUAACUAAAGUUAAACAAAAAAUCCUUCUUAAAAAUAGAAGAUCGAAAAAGAAAUUUCAAAUAUAAUCUAUUCACAUAAAAAAUCAUAAUUUUAUCCAUUGAUUUUUUUUUUUAUCACUUUUGUCUAUUUUUUUUGUAUAAUAUAUUCUCUCUUUUCCCACUGAUAUCAUUUUUUUUAUUUUCUCAA